AUGGCAGACCAAUCGAGCCAGAAGCCAGCGGCUCAAUGGACUCACCACGAAAUACGGACUGCUGAGAACAGCGCCGCCUACCUCCUACCCAAAAUCCAGUCUAUUAAACAAGUCAACCCUAAUCUGACCAUAUUAGACGUCGGGGCGGGCUCCGGUACCAUCUCGAUAACCCUCGCAAGAGCCAUCCCCGACGGCCACGUUACGGCUACCGACGUCAAGACGGACAUCCUGCUACGGGCGCAGGCCAUCUCUGAGCAGGAAUGCGUCAAAAACAUCGAGUUUCUCGAGGCCGACGUAUUUAAGUUGCCUUUCGCCGAUGGAACCUUUGACAUCACCCACUGCCACCAGGUGCUCUGCCAUCUGAAGGACCCAUGGGAUGCGCUACGCGAAAUGCUACGAGUCACGAAGCCGGGGGGCCUAGUCGCUGCUCGUGAGGGAGACGUUCAAACCGAGUGCGUGUGGCCCGAAACCCCCGGGCUCGUCAAAUUUCACGACUUCAUUGCCAAGUUUAUACCGCUUUCUGGAGGGAGCGCUAUGGCAGGCAGACAGUUGCUUGGGUGGGCUCUUAAGGCUGGAGCGCAGCGGAAUAAGGUAACGGCGAGCUUUGGCACUUGGUCUUUCUGUGAAGAGGCCGAGAAGAAGAUCUGGGCCCAGCAGAUGGCGAAAAUAAUUCGCGCUGGCCGAAUACGAGACACGGGGCUCAAAUCUGGAUUUUCUACGGAGGACGAAUUGGAAGAAAUGGCCAAGGCUUGGGAGGAGUGGGAGGGGACAGACGAUGCGACUCUGGCCAUGAUGCACGGCGAGAUCAUUGUCCAGAAAUAG